UCAAAUUUUCUCGCGUUCUAAAAUCGCGAAAAUCAGGAAAAACGAAUAAUAAAACUGUCGCAACACCAAGCCCAUUCGUGACGGUCAUCGCGCGAUUAAUCGGACAAUUAGAAAAACUGCGGAGCUACGAUUUAGUGCAAAGGGUACAAAGGCGUAUUAUCAACACAAAAAAAAAUUAUAGGAAAAAAAGAAGAGAAGAAAAAGUGAAAAUUGUGAAAAACUAUUGUUAUUGAUUUUACUUUUGAUAUAUUUGUGAUUCAAAAUGAAAUUAAUAUUGGUAUAGAGCAAAACGAAUUGCUUUCGCAGUCUUGGUGGAAAUAGUGUUUUUGAAAUUUAUGUGCCAUAAAAGCCUACACAUUUAAGGUCAAAUGUAUUUCAAGAAAAAGAAAAGUGAAAAAAAGAUUGCCGUCUAAGAAGAAAAUAAAACGCACACAAGAAUAUUACGAUGCAAUACGUGAAAAUGAUUGAAAAAUAGUUCAAGUUGUUAACGAAGAGUGGCAAAGUGACGAGUGAAGCAAAAAAGAAAAUCCGAAAUUCAAAAAGAAAGAAAUUAUCAUUACAAUAAAUAAAAAAAUACACAACCUACUUAUAUAUAAAUAUAUAUAUAUUUCGAGGAAAACUCAUCAAAAUGGCGGAUUUAGAAGCAGUAUUAGCCGACGUGAGCUAUUUAAUGGCCAUGGAAAAAUCAAAGUGCACACCAGCUGCUCGAGCCUCCAAAAAGAUCAUUUUGCCAGACCCAAGUGUUCGGAGUGUCAUGCAUAAAUACCUAGAAAAAGAACAAGAAGUUAAUUUUGACAAAAUUUUCAAUCAAGUUUUAGGUUAUUUGUUAUUCAAAGAUUUUUGUGAAAAUGUGUCGGAGGAACCCGUGCCACAUCUAAAAUUUUACGAAGAGAUAAAGAGCUAUGAGAAAACCGAGUGUCACGAUGAAAGGCGAAAAUUAGCGAGAACAAUAUAUGAUAAUUUUAUUAUGAAAGAAAUGCUGUCACAUACUCAUGAAUACUCAAAAGAGGCAGUUGCUUAUGUGCAAAAGUAUCUUAUGAAGAAUGAAGUUCCAGUUAAUUUGUUCGAGCCAUACAUAGAGGAAAUCUUUAAUCACCUAAGGGGUGAGCCAUUCCGAAAGUUUCUUGAAAGUGACAAGUACACGAGAUUUUGUCAGUGGAAAAACUUGGAGCUAAAUAUACAGCUCACAAUGAAUGACUUUAGUGUACAUCGCAUAAUUGGACGUGGUGGUUUCGGCGAAGUGUACGGUUGCAGGAAAGCAGAUACGGGUAAAAUGUAUGCCAUGAAGUGUUUGGACAAGAAACGUAUUAAAAUGAAACAAGGUGAAACGCUAGCGCUAAACGAGAGGACAAUGUUGUCGUUAGUUAGUACGGGGGUGGAUUGUCCAUUUAUAGUUUGCAUGACAUACGCCUUCCAUACUCCAGAUAAAUUGUGCUUUAUUCUCGAUUUAAUGAAUGGAGGCGAUCUGCACUAUCACUUGUCCCAGCACGGUGUAUUCAAUGAGGCUGAUAUGAAGUUUUACGCAGCAGAGGUAAUUUUAGGAUUAGAACACAUGCACAAGCGUUACAUCGUGUACCGGGACUUGAAGCCGGCUAACAUUUUAUUGGAUGAGAAUGGACAUGUGCGCAUCUCGGAUUUAGGCUUAGCUUGUGACUUUUCCAAGAAGAAACCGCAUGCAUCUGUCGGAACACACGGCUAUAUGGCACCUGAGGUGUUAUCAAAGGGCACACCGUACGACUCGAGCGCUGACUGGUUCAGUUUCGGAUGCAUGUUGUACAAAUUAUUAAAAGGCCAUUCGCCUUUUAGGCAACACAAAACCAAAGAUAAACAUGAGAUUGAUAGAAUGACGUUAACAAUGACUGUUGAACUCCCGGACUCGUUUAGCAAGGAGUUGAGAGGCUUGUUGGAAGGUUUAUUGCAACGUGAUAUUGACAAGCGAUUAGGAUGUAAGGGAAAUGGAGCUGACGAGGUGAAAUCACAUCCGUUUUUCGCGGGAAUCGAUUGGCACCAAGUUUACAUUCAGAAAUACACACCACCGCUUAUACCACCGCGCGGCGAAGUAAAUGCCGCUGAUGCAUUUGACAUUGGAUCAUUCGACGAGGAAGACACAAAGGGCAUCAAAUUAACGGAACAAGAUCAGGAACUUUAUAAAUAUUUUCCACUUACAAUAUCAGAAAGAUGGCAACAAGAAGUUGCUGAAACCGUUUUCGAAACUGUCAAUUCAGAACAAGAUAAACUCGAAUCGAAACGCAAAUCCAAACAAAAGCAAAAAUUCGAUGCUGACGAAAAAGAAUCUGACUGCAUUUUGCACGGCUAUAUCAAAAAACUGGGGGGAGCAUUUGCGUCUGUCUGGCAAACAAGAUAUGCAAAGCUUUAUCCCAACAGGCUUGAAUUACACACCGAAAGCAGUAGUACGAAGCCAGAGCUAAUUUUCAUGGAUCAAAUUGAGGAUGUCUCCCAGGAUUAUGUCCAACACAAAAAUGAGCAAUGUAUUCAGGUUAAGUUGAGGGACACAAAAAUAGUUUUAACAAAUCAAGACGAAAUUGGUUUGAAAGAGUGGGCACAAUCAUUGCGUUCCGCACACAAAAAAUCUCAAGAGCUUCUUGGUUCAAUGGCAAAGAAGGCCGGAAAGAUAUAUGGUACUGAAAGAGAGGCUUCCAAAACAGCUUUAAUCACCGGAGCACAAGUGCCACAGAAAAACACGAAUGGAAGCAACUAGCGGUUGCUUCUACGAUCGCGUUCUUGUUUCAUAGAACCGAAUCGUUUAAAAGAUCCACUACUAAAACUAAAAUGCAAGGACACAUAAAAAGUUGCAACAAAACAAAAAGAAAUAUCCGCGAAACAGAUAGAUUUUUGAUUCUUGCAUUUGAACUGCCCUCUCAUUUUCCUUUGUAAAUGUACAGCAAAAAAAAACUUUUUUCUUUAUCAGUUACAAGAAUCAGAUCUAAAUUAUCACAAUGUAUCGUAAUAACAAAGAAAAUGUUUGUAUAGAUAUGAAAUGCCAUUAAUUGUGUUGAUCAAAAUGAAACAAAAAAAGCAAAAAAUAUUAGGUGUUUAUACGUAAGCGAAAAUAUAAAAAAGGUAGUCUCCAAAUUGAGUGUUCAACUUUCUAUAGUGAUAUGUUAAUGAUAAUUUAACCUAAGAUUCCUUUCAAACUUUUAAAGUUUUCUUAAUUUAUUGUUCUUAA